AUGGUCAUGAAAGCCCUGAAGAAACAGGCGGAACCACUGCAAAAAGAGCUGGACGCUAAGGACAAGGUGAUCGAGAGACUUCUACAAACAACGUCAACGCUUGUAGCAGAGAUGCGAGACCUGAAGAGUCAGGUGGCAGCGAUCACAGAAGGUAAAAAGCCAACCAUUGAGAAAAUACCAAACCUGGCCGCCAGGCUAAAGGAAGCAGCCGCAGGCCCAUCAGUGGCCACAACGAAGGCCGUCCCGACACUGAAAGGUCCAGCCCCUUACACCGAGGGCAUCGUCGGCGGAGACUACAGCGACCGCGGAGCCCGCGGCGGCAGCGCCGUCGCCGGUAGCGUAGGUUACUCCGGUGCUGACGGCCGGGUCUGCGACGGCAGCGGAGGACGCAGCGGAGGCCGCAGCGGCGGCGGAGGCGGUGACGAUCGUCGUGAACGGACUCUGCGUGUCGGUGGUGGCAACCGUGCCCGCCACGGCAGUUUGCUGUUGUGCCUGGAAAUAAUGGCGGUGGGAGGUUUGUCCUUCUGGGCUCUGUGGUGGUUCCGUCGGUUGUGCGGAACAAGCGAUUGCCGUGAGGCGGGGGGAAUCGUUAUAGAUGCUGUGUUGGCGGAGAUUGGGAGGUGGCGUCAGUGGUGGACAACUGUGCCUGAUUCUACGACGCGCAUCUUUGUUGAUUGGCAUCCUGGAAAAGGAAAAACCCGUAAAGUCAUCCUGCAGGAAGCCGUGAGACAUGUCGAAGAGCAACGCAGACUUCUUAUCUUGACGCCAACACGAGUCGUGAUGGACGAGGUGAAGGAAGCUGUCAAAGGGAAGUUACCCAAUGGAGUUAGACUUGGAACCUCUCUGUGGCAAGCAAGGUCUUUUGCUGUCACAGUGGCUUGCCACGCGACUCUUACCAACUUCUAUUUGGAAAGUGCCGGGAAAGAGAGGCCAAGUUUCGCAACCGUAAUCAUGGAUGAAUGUCAUUUUCUCGACCCCUUCUCGAUUGCAGCAAGAGGAAUUAUGGAGGACAUGCACUCAAGAGGAACUUCCCUUUUGUACCUUAGCGCAACGCCACCAGGACACCCACCAUCGUCGGGAUCCAAUUUCCCGAUCACUGAGAUCGGAAUUUCCAUUCGGGACCCUAAAGAUCCUUCUUGCGUCCACUCCUGGAAAGGGCAGAAAACAAUCAUUUUUGUCGCCACGAUUAAGGAAGCGACUGAUUUGUUCAAUAGAGUGCCUGGAUCGGUCAUUUUGUCCAGAGAAACUUUCGACAAGAACAUGGCUGAAGCGAGAGACGAAUCAACCAAGUUCGUUAUAUCCACUGAGAUCAGUGAGAUGGGCGCAAACUUGGGGGUGGAUACUGUUAUAGACCUCAGGCAGGUAAUGCGACCUAUUAUCGCUGAUGAUAGGACUGUGGGCUUGAGAAGAGUCCCAGUAACCCACGCGUCUGCUGUGCAAAGACGGGGGCGAACAGGGCGGAGAGCUCCUGGGCGCUAUGUUUUCAAUGAGGCUAUCGAACCGGAUGAUUCCU